AUGAUCGCCUCAUUCCUCGCUCGCUCAUCGCAGUCAAAGGCCCGCGUCGCCACCAAGCUGGCCUCGCCUAUCACCGGUCUCCGCUUCAAGUCCACAGGUAUGAAGCCAAUCGGAUUCGUUGGUUUGGGUAACAUGGGUCUUCCCAUGGCCACCAACCUCUUCAACGGAUUCAAGGAUAAGGCCGACUUUAUCAUCUACGACAUCAACCAAACGACCACCUCCAACUUCUUGAAGGAUCACAACACCGACCCCAACAACAGGGACAAGGUCAAGGUCGCUAAGAGCCCAUUAGAAGUCGCACAGGAGGCCACCGUCAUCGUCACCAUGUUGCCUGCCUCCCAGCACGUCGAGGGUGUCUACUUUGGCAAGGAUGGUCUCUUUGGCGCCUUGGGCGAGAAGCACCUCGUCGUGGAUGCUUCGACCAUUGACCAGUCCAUGGCGACCCGUGUCGCCAAGGCUUUGCAGGAGAAGGGUGCUAAGGCCAUCGAUGCUCCCGUCUCUGGAGGAACUGGAGGUGCACAGGCUGGAACAUUGACAUUCAUGGUCGGAUCAAACAGCAACGCCGAUUUCGAGUUGGCCAAGCCCUACCUCGAAAAGAUGGGCAAGAACAUUGUCUACUGCGGCACCAACGGCAAUGGACAGGUUGCCAAAAUCUGUAACAACAUGCUCCUCGGAAUCUCGAUGAUCGCCACCUCCGAGACCAUGAACCUCGGUGUCCGCAUGGGCAUGGACCCCAAACUCCUCGCCGGUAUCCUCAACACCUCGAGCGGUCGCUGCUGGAGCAGUGAGGUCUACAACCCUUGCCCCGGUGUCCAGGAGAACUCUGCUGCUACCCGUGGCUACACUGGCGGAUUUGGUAUGCCCUUGAUGGCCAAGGAUCUUCGCCUUGCCGUCAACGCAGCCGUCGAUACCAAGACCACCGUCAUGCUCGGUGCCAUGGCCCAGCAGCUCUACAACCAGAUGGCUGCCAACAAGGACUAUGAGAACCUCGACUUCAGUGCCGCCUACAAGUGGUUGUCCGAGAACUCCAAGUAA